AUUAAAUCUUCACUAUUAAACUGCAAACUGCUAGAGGUUUCUAAGCCCAAUUCGAUUUCGAGAUAAUUAGUUGGCCAAGUGGAGCAUAAUUUUCUCUCUGUGCGUACCCCCACAUAUUUAUUGAUUAACUGACAACAUACGACGAAGAACAACAUACCCUACACCCAACCAUACAUCAAUAUCAGCUCCACCGAAAGAGGUCUUUACUCUUAUCGCAGGCGCGUGUUUACCUCCCCGUGAAUUUGAAUGCCGAUUUGUGUCGGAUUGCGCGAUUCGCACUUGUGGAAACUAACUGACUAUUUUACUGUCUUGGCGGCUUCGCUGAGAAACAGUGGAGCGUGGCUUGCGUAAUCCGUGCAUGAAAAUGGCAUUGGCCAAAUCAGGUUUUCGGCUAACAGAGCUCAAAUGCCAAGACGGCCAGCCGUGACACUCUUCCAUGCGGGUCGGCGGCAGCGGGUCCCCACUGUGGCCGUACUCAAGUGGACAUGGGCAUCUGGGAAACGAGUGAGUGCGCUGUGAGUUCAUUGAUUAAAAGUGCUCAGCUGACGUUGCCGUUUCUUUGUGAAUCUUAUCGGACCAGAGCAGCAACAAAAAUAGGAAAACCAAUUAAAAGCACCAAUACACCGGAUCGUAGGCCACUUUAUGCCAUGCCAAAACGAUCGUGUGUAAGCGGUGUAUUAUUGCAGAUAUGUAUGUUCCUACAUACAUAUGUACAUAUGCACUUGUACUUUCGCAGAGCUGGCAGUCACAAAGAAUCGCAUCGAAUCGGACCAAAGUCCAGUAAAAAAGCCCUGGCUGACUUGCAAAUCGCCAUAGUGCGAUCACUUUCCGUGCCGAUCGACGGCAAUCGCUGAACUUUAUCAUUCGGUGGCGAAAGGUGCUAAAAUCUAACUGAUCGGACCGGGUAGAGACCAAUCCGGUAUAGUGCCUUGAAAGGUUUUGCGUUGAACUUACUCCCAAAACGGCACAAUGACUGGAUCAGUCCAAGAUCCGAAAUGGAGCCUGGAGCGCCGUGAGUCAUCUGGCCAUUUGGUGUGGCGCAAGGACUCACCGGAGUCGAAAGUGCGUUUUCGGUUCGACGUCGAGGUCCUGGAGUUCGAGAGGCAUCCUCACGAGGAGCUGGAGGACAAGGAGGAUCACUUCUCGAUGACCAAUCUCUCGGCGACAAUGGCCAUGUGCGCCACCUGCGUGGCCGUGGUGGCGGUCUCCUUGUUCCUGCCCUGGUAUUUGAUGGAAAAAGUGGGAUCGCUUUAAAAAAACGGGCCUCAAAGGCCCUGCUUUUUGUAUAUAGAUACCCGGACGGUAUUAAGUAGACCCUUGUACAUAAACAAGCGUAGAUUUAUCUAUUUGUAAAUAGUACGUACGUUGUAUAUAGACCAUAGACCUGUGGUUUUUUUAAAGAUAGAGUUUGAAAAACUCUAGGUGCAAUACGAGUGCGACAGUGACUGCUAAAGCCAAACUAUGGAAUGUGGAUUUAAUUUUAGGACGUGUAAAUUCUCAUAAGUUUAGUCCUAUGAAAGAUCACAACGAUAGUUAAUGGAAUAAACGAAAUGCUUGCCCUUUAAA